UCUCAACCACUGCGCCACCAGGGAAGCCCCAGGCAUGGAUAACUUCUGCUCCUCCUGUUUCUUGGGUUCUAGCCCCAAAGCCAUCAAAAUCUUUCCUUGUCCUUACGGGUGUCUCCAGUGCUGUGCCCUGGCUGUGUGCUCUUGCUCUUAGAAGCCCAGAGAAUUUUGCUUUCCCCUCUUCUAUGACCCUUAACCUAUUCUAACACAUUAUUAAGGGCCUCUGUCUGUCAGUUGGGGGCACUUCCUGAAGGAGGGGCUUUUGUCUGGCCUGUCUCUCAGCUUUAGCCCGGAGCAUCACAAUUGCAGGGUGCUUGUGACUCUUUUGCUGAACAGAGGUGCUCGGUCUCCUUGGGAAGAGAGGAUCUGUGGGUAGACCAAUGGGGAGCUCUCCUCUCCAGGGGCCUGCCGGCUAGUAACAUACCAGAAUGUCCAAGAGUGACUUCAUAAAGCAACGAUGCCCUCUGUGGACACUCCUCUGAGGCCUCUUGGAAUCUAGAUGCUGAGGAGAUUCCUAAGCAGAGAUUUUCUGUUGGAUGGUAAAAGCAAGGAAUAAAAAUUGAAAAUUUGGAAAAUGUCUCAACACUUUUAUCACCAGAACCACACAAGAGUCAUUUCUAGCUCACUGUUUGAGAAUGUGUCGCUGCUGUUCUAUGAGACGUUAUGGAAAUUUCAGAGGAAAGAUACUCAGUGUCAGGCAUUUGUGAAGAGAGUUAUAAUGAGUCGUCUCUUUAAGAUAAUUAUGAUUAGCACCGUCUCAACGAAUGCCUUUUUUAUGGUCUUGUGGACUGAUUAUAAAACAAGAUACAACUUGUUCAGACUUUUUGAGGUCUCAGAGCUCAUCUUUGUGUCCAUCUAUAGCUCCGAGUUCUGCAUGAAGCUCUACGUGGACCCCAUCAACUACUGGAAGGAUGGCUACAACCUGCUAGAUGUGACCAUUGUCAUCAUCAUCUUCAUCCCCUACAGUCUCCGCAAGAUCAAGGGCAAGCACUACCCUUACCUCAACAUCGCCGAUGGCGUACAGUCCCUGCGCAUUCUCAAGCUUAUCCCCUAUAGCCGCGGCAUCCGAACACUCGUCAGCGCCAUGAGGCAGACAGCCUGCACCGUGGCCUCCGUGCUCGUCCUGCUCUUCGUCCUGAUGUACGUCUUCGCUGUCCUGGGCUUCUGCCUAUUUGGAGUUCCAGAGAGUGCUGACCUGAAUAACUGGGGGAACCUGGCUCUGGCCUUCUUUACCCUCUUCAGCUUGGCCACGGUCGAUGGCUGGACAGACCUGCAGCAGCAGCUGGAUGCCCGGAAUUUUACUCUGAGCCGUUCAUUCACCAUCAUCUUCAUCUUGCUUGCCUCCUUCGUCUUCCUUAGCAUGUUCGUGGGUGUGAUGAUCAUUCACACUGAGGACUCUGUCAAAAAGUUUGAGCGGGAGCUGAUGCUAGAGAGACACAUGACACUCAUGGAAGAAAAGCAUGUGAUUUUGAAGCGGCAGCAGGAGGAGAUCAGCAAGCUGAUGCAGACGCAGAAGAAUGUUGACGACAAAAGUUUCACUGAGCUGGUGGAGAAGUUUAAGAAGACCCUGCGGCACACUGACCCCAUGGUCUUGGAUGAUUUUGGCACUAGCCUACCCUUCAUUGAUGUCUACUUGUCCACGCUGGACAACCAGGAUGCUACCAUCUACAAGCUUCAGGAGCUGUACUACGAGAUCGUGCACGUGCUGAGCCUGAUGCUUGAAGACUUGCCCCAGAAGAAGCAGUCCCAGUCCUUGGAGAAGGUCGAGAAGUAGUGGAUGUGGGCACCCAGGCACCGAGGGCCUCGCAGGCUGUGACACCCUGUCCCGCCAACUAAACACAGGUUUUCUGAGUUGGCCUCUUCACGGUUGCUGUGAUCAUGGCAUUUCUCCACCUUUGGGAAUUGGGCCUGAGUAGAUGCCCAUGAAGUCUGAUUCCUCCCUCACAUGACACAGCCAGACCUUGGGAGUAGGGAGUGGGGAGAGGGAGGCUCAAGGCCCACUCUGACCAGAAGACACACCUAGGGUCCACACUGGCUCUCUCCUCCUUUGACCCCAGCAUCAAGGACCCACCGGGUUCCUGGGAAAGCCACCUGAGGACCCCGGACCGAGAAGGGCUUCCAGCCGCCCCAUAAGAGUGCGUGGCUCCUUUGAGCUGGUGUGGCCCUACUGAUCCUGGAAGCUCUGCUGCCCUCAUCUUUGUGUGUGUGCCCACACCUGGCAGAGCUACAGCUCUCUCUGUGCACCCAGAGCCCUGGAGGCCCCUCUUUGGGGUUCUACUCUGCUUCUCCCUGGCUCACAGUGAUGGUGGUGCCCCAGGGGUGCAGCCGUGACUGGAAGGAUACUGUUGUGUGGUGUGCAGCUCAGGGGGGCACCUCAUGCAGGGGCCAGAGGAGUGGCAGCAUCGGGCGCUUUGGGCUGCUCCCUCCCCUUAAGUUAGUUAGAACUCUUUACUCGAAAGGUGGCAUUUUCUGUGUCAUCCCUGGCUAAAUGACUGCCACAGUUGGCAAGGUCCUGGCACCACCCCGGUCCAGCCAUCAUGGAGCCAUCUGAAGGCCCAGGUGGGGCAGGGUGGCUGGCACCCCUUGCUCCCAACUGGCCAGACCAGAGGCCCGGCAGUGCCCCCUCUGCUCCCAUUUCUGGGGAGUGUUCUUGAGGCCUGUCACCUUGGCGGUGCCCUAUUCUUAGAGGAGAAAUGAGUUCUGGGUUGAGCUGUGGGUGGGAAGCCAGCAUCUGUAGCUGGGUGCCCAGGCCCACCCUGGGGAGUCAGGUCAGUAGAAAACAUGUAGAAUUGAGAAUGGCUGGACAAGGGUCCCAUGCGGGGCCCGUGGGCUCCAGGCCUGGAUGACGGCACCCCUGAAGCCAGAGGACAAGGGCUGGUGGAAGCCUUUACUUGUGGUUUCAUUCACCCGACUACUAUUUACUGAGCUGUGCAGGGUGCUGGGGGUUCUGUGACGAGAAAGCCACAGUCUCGUCCUGGCCCUCUUGGUGCCCACGGUUAUCUAGGGGAGACAGUCAUCCGGCCAGAACGGAUGAGAGAAAAGUUCCCUGAGGAAGUGACAAUAAUUGUUUGAAUGCAGAGAGCAUGUGUCUUCUAAGAUACUCAGAUCAUUUCCAUUUGCAAAUGAUCGCACUCAGGACCAAACUGAGAACUGUGUGAAAAGGUGCCAAGAAGGAUCGCUCUGGAGCGUGAGACCCAUCGCCGUGCAGUGGGGGAGCCCUGUGAGGGCAGGGCGUCUGGCCUCGCUCCUUCCUCGGGUGGAGAGAACUUCGUGCCAGUGCCCUGGGAGGUGGCCCUGAAGUAAGCGGGGUGUGCACCCAGUACCUAACUGUGAAGGGGGCGACUCUUGG